AUGAAGUCGGCUUUCAAGGAUUCAUGUACUAGAAUCGAAUGCUCAAUCCAUUAUAUCAAUAAACAAUUGGAACAUUGUUUUACCACAGAUGUUAUUGAUAAAGUUCCAGUUAAAUGCGAAAUUGUUCAAGAAAUGUUCGCUCAUGUACGAAAUAUUGUAUCUCACACCAGAAGAGCACAUAAACAAACAAAAUUAUCUCGUAAACUUCAAUCAUGUUGUGAUACACGGUUCAAUGGUGCUUUUCUUACGAUGGAUGUCUUCUUAUUGGUCUUCGACGAAUUACCUGCUGUUUUAGAACGAGCUUUUAUGAAUGAUUAUGAAUCGAUAGAUAAAGAUUUACUUUCAUGUAUUUGUUUAUUUCUUAAGCCAUUUGAGGAAGUAAUUGAACAAUUUAGUUCUGAUACAAAACCAACGAUAUAUAAAGUUUUACCUUUUAAGCAAUAUUUAUCAAACCACUGUAAAAUUCAUGCUGAUGAUCAUGAUGGAACCCAACAAGUUAAAACAUUUCUAGAAAAACGUAUUCAAGAUGUUUGGAUUUUACAUGAUGUACAUUAUAUCACCACUUUUUUACAUCCAGCAUUUAAAAGUUUCGAUAAAUGUCCAGAUUCUCGUGCAAAAGCUAUUGAUUUAACAAAAAAUGAAUUGUUGAAGCGUCAACCAUCAUCAUCUAUUAUCUGCUCAACAAACAAUAAAUCACCAGUUCGCGUAGCUGAACUUGAUCCUCAAACAUCAUUACCAAAAACUCUUCUUUCACAAAGUUUUGAUACACCAAAAGAUAAUUUCAAAUUGUCGACAACACCUUAUGAGGAAUUAGAAGAAUAUAUGGCAUUAAACGUCAGAUUAAGUGAAAAUGAUGAUAUUUUUUUAUUUUGGUUAAAUCAUAGAACGAAAUUUCCAACAUUAUUUAAUAUUGUUCAGGAUUUUUAUGCCAUACCUGCAUCAAACACCACCGUCGAACGUCUUUUCUCGUCAUCAAAAAAUACAAUUACGGAUAAAGGUACACGUCUUGGUACAGAAAAGAUAAACAAGUUAUUAUUCUUACAAAAAAAAUCUGAGCUUAUUGAAACAAAUUGCUAA